CCAAGUCUAGAAUGAGGAGGAAGAGGAGGGAGAGGAGGGGGAGGAGGGAGAGGAGGGGGAGGAGAGAGAGGAGGGAGAGGAGGGAGAGGAAGGAGAGGGGGGAGAGGAGGGAGAGGAGGGAGAGGGAGGAAGGAGAGGAGGGAGAGGAGGGAGACGAAGGAAGGAAGGAGAGGAGGGAGAGGAGGGAGAGGGAGGAAGGAGAGGAGGGAGAGGGAGGAAGGAGAGGAGGGAGAGGGAGGAAGGAGAGGAGGGAGAGGGAGGAAGGAGAGGAGGGAGAGGAGGGAGAGGAGGGAGAGGAGGGAGAGGAGGGAGAGGAGGGAGAGGAGGGAGAGGAGGGAGAGGAGGGAGAGGAGGGAGAGGAGGGAGAGGAGGGAGAGGAGGGAGAGGAGGGAGAGGAGGGAGAGGAGGGAGAGGAGGGAGAGGAGGGAGAGGAGGGAGAGGAGGGAGAGGAGGGAGAGGAGGGAGAGGAGGGAGAGGAGGGAGAGGAGGGAGAGGAGGGAGAGGAGGGAGAGGAGGGAGAGGAGGAGAGGAGGAGAGGAGGGAGGAGGGAGAGGAGGGAGAGGAGGGAGAGGAGGGAGAGGAGGGAGAGGAGGGAGAGGAGGGAGAGGAGGGAGAGGAGGGAGAGGAGGGAGAGGAGGGAGAGGAGGGAGAGGAGGGAGAGGAGGGAGAGGAGGGGAGAGGAGGGAGAGGAGGGAGAGGAGGGAGAGGAGGGAGAGGAGGGAGAGGAGGGAGAGGAGGGAGAGGAGGGAGAGGAGGGAGAGGAGGGGAGAGGAGGGAGAGGAGGGGAGAGGAGGGAGAGGAGGGAGAGGAGGGAGAGGAGGGAGGAGGGAGGGGAGAGGAGGGAAGAGGAGGAGAGGAGGGAGAGGAGGAAGAGGAGGAGAGGAGGGAGAGGAGGGAGAGGAGGGAGGAGGGAGGGAGAGGAGGGAGGGAGAGGAGGGAGAGGAGGGAGAGGAGGGAGAGGAGGGAGAGGAGGGAGGAGGAGAGGAGGGAAGAGGAGGGAGAGGAGGGAGAGGAGGGAGAGGAGGGAGAGGAGGGAGAGAGGGAGAGGAGGGAGAGGAGGGAGAGGAGGGAGAGGAGGAGAAGGAGGGAGAGGAGGGAGAGGAGGGAGAGGAGGGAGAGGAGGGAGAGGAGGGAGAGGAGGGGAGAGGAGGGAGAGGAGGGAGAGGAGGGAGAGGAGGGGAGAGGAGGGAGAGGAGGGAGAGGAGGGAGAGGAGGGAGAGGAGGGAGAGGAGGGAGAGGAGGGAGAGGAGGGAGAGGAGGGGAGAGGAGGGAGAGGAGGGAGAGGAGGGGAGAGGAGGGAGGAGGAGGGAGAGGAGGAGAGGGAGGGAGAGGAGGGAGAGGGAGGGAGAGGAGGGAGGGGAGGGAAUGCGGGGUGAUGCACGAUCACACGAUCACGCACACAGG